CAGCAGAGUGAACCAGUAACCAGAGAGAGCCGCCUUUAACUUUGCUGUCUGCACAGGGAGUUUUGGUGUUGCAUGAGCGGUUUUCGUGGUGUAAAUAGCUCGGUCUUGUUUUCACUGUGUAAAAAGUUUGACUGGGGUCAGUGUACAGUUGCUGCCGUCGGCGAUGAUGUGAGGAGGCGCCGCUGGAAGGAGGAUCUCUGGGUAAAAAUGGGGACUUUUCUCCUUUUGCUGUUCUUCGCUCCUGUCAGCGGAGUUUUUGAAGGAACCUGUCCCAGAAAAGACCCUCCUCCAGGUGUGUUGGUCUUAUCGCCGGGCAGUAAGCUGUUUCUGACCUGUGGCGGUCAUGUGAGGGUGGAUGGUGUAAGGAUCAGCCUGAAGGGAAGCAGCUUAAACAUCAACAAAAGGGAUGGUUCUUCGAACGGGACACCAGCCACUCCAAAUGAUAUACAAAACAGUGGAGUUUCAGUUAAAAGUGAUGACAGUUCUCUGCAGAAUGUAAGUGAGGGCUACAGCCCUCAUUUCACGGAGGCAGGAGGAAACAGAAGCCUCAUAUAUUCAGAUGCAGGAUACACAACUUCUCCUCACAUCGUCCAGCCAACCAGGGCCACUCGAUCACUGAAGGACGAAUCUUAUUGGACCACUGGAGAAAUAGAUGUUGAGGAUGACUAUGAGGAGGAUGAAGAGGAUGAGGUGGGGGAAGGAGUGAACCGGGUAACAAGGGGGAUAAAAGUGAUGCCUGAGUGGAAGUGGAACACGAUGACAGUGGGGACAGAAGACAGGGACUGGGGUGAAAUUAAAUUUGGGAGGAGUGGGACAACGCUAACUCUGGCCUCAGUGAGACUGGAAGACUCUGGAAAAUACAGUUGUCAUCACCAAGGGAAAGACAAGUUUAGUGUAAAGGUGAUCGUUGCAGAUUCUCCUGAGCCUCCCAGUGUGUUCUGCUACAAAAAGUCGCCCAGUAGUAAAAUCCGCUGUGAAGGAACGCCUCAGAAAGCCACCAUAAAGCAGCCUAGUUGUUACCUCUUACUGAGUAAAAAUCCAAGAGAGAAAUUCAAGCAAGUGUCAUGCUCAUACUCAUUUCGGCUCUCUCGCUGUUGGUGUGCUCUGGACCACAUUGAGGAUGAUCGGAGAACCCCUCACCUGGUCUACAUGUGUGUUACAAGCAUCACAGGCAAUGUCACCAGCCCCCUUAUGUACUUUACACCAUUAAAACUUUUAAAACCAGACCCUCCGUCAAAUGUGACAGUCAGACAGGAGAAAGGAAAGAAGAAAAGGCUGACGGUCUCCUGGAAUUUACCCACAUCCUGGAAGGUGCAAGAUAACUUCUAUAAAUUGAUCUAUGAAGUUAAAUACAACCCUGUCAAACCGUCAAUUGGUAAUGAACAGAUACUGCCGGUUAAUGGCCAGCGGCAAGCAACCAUCACUGAUAUAAUGCCUGGCGUUGAGUACCUGAUACAAGUCAGAACUAAGGAGGAAUUUGAUGGAAAAUGGAGUGAAUGGAGUCCAUCCAUCUAUGCUAAGAGUUGGACAGAGAAACCUCAGCCUCCGUCAAUCAUGUCAGCGAUUUUGGAGGAAGGACAGGAUAUGAUGAUGGUGUCCUGGAAUUUACCGACAAAAUUAGAGGAGCAACACAAUUUUAGACUCAUCUAUGAGAUCAAAUACGGGGAAACAAACCUCUCCUUUCAUGGCGAAAACCAGUUUGAAGGAGAGUGCUCCUACACCAUCGUGGUGACUCCUACACCUGACGUUGACUUCCUGAUACAGCUGAGGUAUAAGGCAGAACAUGAUGGUCAGUGGAGUGAGUGGAGUAAACCUUAUCCUGUGAACCUCCCUACGGGUUCAGGUGAUGGAACUACAGAGCCAGGAUAUUCUCCCACAGAACCUCCAGAAGAUAAGUGGCCACAUCAUUUGCUGUGGAUCUUUGGUUUAUUCAGCAUAUUGGCUGUCAUUUUGGCCAUCUACACUUUCGGGCACAAGGACAGAUUUAUCUCUAAACUGCACAGUCUUUAUUUCACCACCCUCUGCGAUGACUCAUCUCAACCUUCGCCCUCUGUCCCGGUUGCCCCAGAAGGAGUAGCUUUGGUGACUUUUACAAAGAGCAACAAAGAGCACCCACCAAGUAAUGAAAAAGAAAGUGAAGAAAAUGAGGAACAAAAGCCUUUGAGAGAGAGGACAGACGCCAUGCACUUCAACAACACAAGUUAUUUCUUCCUCCAGAGGGAAUGAGAGCCGUGCAGAAAGAAGAAAUAUUGCCAGAAAAUAUGACAACUUUAUACUGUUGGACUGCUUUCCACUUCUGUGCCAGUUUUAUAGAUGGCACAAUGUGCUCCACUGAACUUUAAGAAGCAAAGUCAGAAACAGCUUGUGUAAUCUAUCUAUCUAACUUUAUCUCAUACCUAAAAUACCUCUUAAAUACUUCUUUGUUUGUUUGACUCCUCCAAGGAGUCGCCCUUUACCUCCUCUAUCCUACAGCAUCCACCCAGCCAUCCAUUUUCUAGAUCUCAUAGAGCAAGAAGCAGGCUGCACCCUGCACAGGUGGCCAUUGUGUCUCAGAGCUAACAGAGAGACAGACAACCAUUGACACCUACGGCCAAUUUAGAAUCACAAGCUAGCCUGCAACGCAUGUCAGAGGACACACAGACAGACACAGCAUGGUGGUCUGAUGGUUAGCACCAUCACCUCAUAUCAAGAAGGUCCCAGGUUUGAGGCUGUGUAGAGUUUACUGUCCUGCAUCGGUGCAACUGAAAUAUGUGUUAUGCAGGUCAAAUAGUUUACCAUUUUUGAGCAAGCUACCUUUGUUUGAAUUCUGUAUAUAUUGCUAAAGUUUAUCAAAUAUAUCACAUUGUGUCCUUUCAGGGUGCACAUAAUGUAUGCAGGGUUUGCAGAAGUCUUGUAAAUACUUCAUCUGUUUGCCUAGCAUUUUAGACUGGGACAGUCAUAGUCCCCAACCUGCUUUUAUUUUUUGUGGUUAUUGCACAGUACAAAAAAACCAAACUUAUUUUGUAUAGUUUUUCAGUGGUGGACUUUAAAUGGUUCACCUGCUGUUAUAGGAAUACAAGGGAACGUUUUUAAAAAAGACAAAAAACAAACGUGAGCUACUUUUGAAUAAGCUGUAUGUUUCUAGACCAGCAUAGAUAGAUUUUUGAACAUGUUAAAAUAGUACAAAAACAACAAUAAAACAUAAGAAUAAAUAACAUUAGUAGCACUUUAUAAUAAGUCACACUAUUAAGCAUUAAUAGCAAGUGUAAAUGGCAUACUAAGAAGGAGUAAUGAUAUAUAAAUUAUAAAUCAAGCACUUGCUAAUACCUUACUAAUGCUUAAUAGUGCGACAUUUUUAUAAAGCUUUUAUUCUGUCUAGCCAUGAAUCCUUAUUUACAUUUUAGUACAUGACUUCAUAUCCAAAGACUAUAAUAUGUCAAGCAUAUCGAUCUGUCAGGAAUGAUAUUAACUCAUUUUGAGCCGGGGGGGGGGGGUGUUCAAGUAAAAAGUCUCAUUGACAUUAAAAAGAAGGCAAAAGAAAUUGCAAGGUAUAUCACUGUUCUAGAAAGAUGGUUUCAAAGCAGGUUAUAUAACCCCUUUUGUAAAUCACGUUUACUACAGCCUAUUUAAGCAAAUAUAUAAAAGAUUUUUUUAUUUUUUUUUUUGUAAAGGAAAAAAAAAAGAAUUAAAUCGCUAUUUGGCAGUCAAUCACUUUUUGCACAACAAAGGCUCAAACGUGGUAUUAACGUAUGCCGCCACCUUGCGGACACUGCCGUUAAUUGUGUACAGUACGUCGUUUCCAUAGCAACCGUUACUGAAAAACCACUGUGUUAGUAACGGGUGACUCGUGCUUAUCGUGACUUCAAGCGUUCGCUGUAGCUUUGCAGUCAGUGCACACUGCAGGGUUCGCACUUAGACAGAAAAAUAGCAUUUUCUUAGAGAAAUGAUGGCUGAAGCCGGUGUGACCAAGCUAGACGUCUCUGUAUUAAACGCUGAGCAGCAAGAGAAACUGCGACAGUUUAAGGUAACGUGUUGCAUUUAUCAACGCUAAAAUACCACCUUUAUUUGUAAGCUGUGUCCUGAAAUGCUUUUCGCAUUGACCCAGAUCAAGACGAGAAUCGACAACGAAAGGUAUUUGAGGUCGCAUCCUGAAGUAGACGUACUCAUAGGCGACUUUCUAAGGUCUGCUCAAGUUCACAUUAAUAUCACAAAUAAUAAAUGCUGAAUGGGGAAAAAUGUUUGUGACGUUUUAUUGUUGUAAAUCUAUCUUAGCACUAUCUGCUUUAAGUUUAAUUUUGUUUGUAUGUUUUGUUUAUCUUAGAGCAAAUGGUAAAUUUCUAGGGUAAUAUGCAAACUUUGAUUUUAUUUUCACUGGGUACAACAUAUUAUGGUAAUAACCUCUGUACAUUCAGUGGAACCAGCCACCCUUUCAAAGAAAUGUAUAAAAUUUUGAAAUGUAUUGUACAAUAUACAAUAUGUACAAUAUGUAUACUCUGAAAACGAUUUACACCAAUAAAUGUGCUGCAAUAUGGUUCCUGCUAUUCAA